CUUUACUAUCAUUCUUCUUUUGUUACCCUUCCUUCACUGUGUGAGUGAUUUAUUAUUUCCAUGCAUUCAAAUCCAAAUCAGUGAAGGUUUUUGCAAACAUCAUCAAGAUGAUGAAUGGAAAAGCCUCCGUCUCUAAGGAACUUAAUGCCAAACACAUCAAGGUUUUAGAGGGACUUCUUAGGCUACCUGACAACAGGGAAUGUGCAGAUUGCCGGAAUAAGGCACCACGAUGGGCAAGUGUGAACCUAGGAAUUUUCAUUUGCAUGCAGUGUUCAGGAAUUCACCGAAGUCUUGGAGUACACAUAUCACAGGUGCGGUCUACAACUUUGGAUACAUGGUUGCCAGAACAAGUAUCUUUCAUGCAACUUAUGGGUAAUGUGAAUGCCAAUAAGCACUGGGAGGCUGAGCUGCCGACAAAUGUUGACAGAAAUCGAUAUGGAAUCGACAAAUUUAUUCGCGCCAAGUAUGUGGAUAAAAAAUGGGCUUCAAAACAUGGUCUACAAGCAGCAUCUGCAAAGUCAUCUGAAACAUUGAGGAAUCAUCAAAGGAAUAGAAGAUUGUCUCUUGAGGAAAGCAUUCUUGUGGGCCACAUGGCACAAAUUCAGCCGCCACAGCCGCAAGUAGCAAAAUCUCAUGAGAUCCCCUCAGGUUUGGAAAGAAAGAAAAGUGCACCACAAGUAAAGAUCCGGGGGCCAUCGGCAUCACUUGAUUUUGAUAAUCUCACAAGAAAUGGAAACAGUACUACCGUUGAUCUUUUUGCCUUUCUUAAUUUCAAUGAUAAUAAUAAUAAUAAUAAUAAUAAUAAUAAUAAUAAUAAGAGAUUACAUUAUUUGUAUCGCCAAUCCAUUACCCUAUUUCUCCCUGAAUCGCUGGCACCCCACCUUCGAGUCCCACCUCCUGAACGCUCCCACCAGAUCGGUGAAUGGUUCCGAUGUAACGGCGGUGGGAGUGAAUUGAGCGCUUCUACUGGUAGUGGUGGUGGUGAUGGGGGAGAGGGAGGAGGGGAAGUGGAAGAAGCCGGAGAAGAAGAGAAGAAAAUGAAGAGGAGCAUGAUGGAGAUGGUGAUGGUGAUGUUGAUGGGUUUGGGUGGCACCAGCAGCAUGGUGUUAAUGUGGUUACAUCUCUGCGUCGUCUCUGCCGUCGGGAAGUAG